AUGACUUUACCAAAAAAAUCUGUCAUUUAUAACUUGGGAGUAUUAUUCUGGGAAUUGACAAGUUGUUCAUCAACUUUCAAUUUUGAAACAACAGACGAUACUUCUUCUAUUCAGAUUGAAAUCCUUAACGGUAAAAGAGAAAAGCCUAUUUCAACCACAAAUGAUGUAUUUGUUAAGCUUUAUCAAAAAUGUUGGGAACAUGUACCAGACGAUAGACCAGAUAUUGAUCUAAUAAUUUCGGAACUAUACAACAUUGAUCAUUUUAAUUCUAAAGAACUUGAAGAAGUGAAAUUAAUAAAGAAUUAG